AUGCUUGAGACGUGUUGGCUGAAGCUUCAGUCGUGGAAGGGGAGCAUGCUGACGGGCCUCGUGCACAGCCUCGAGCCCGACACCAGAGACAGACUCAGGGUUGCGGAACUGGUCGAGCAGAUGGACGAGCACGCGAAGGCUACCAUGGUCAGGCUUGCAGGCUUCAGGGAUGGGCCCGAGCCGGCUUCGGUUGACGUCGAGGGUCAGGAAAGGGUCUCCCGAGAAGAGUGA